GCUGACUCACACCCACGCCCAGGGCCCAGAACCCUGCCCUACUGGUUUGCCCAGCCCAGCCCUUGCUAGCACCCAUCUCCUCCACCCCACCCUUCUGUUUGGCCCUUGUCCCCACAGGCUCGAAGAGAGCAGGGGAUGCUGGGUGGACACGCAGAGAGAAGGGCCGGGGCCGGGGGCCAGGAGGAGCCAGCGGGGGAUCCGGCCCGGGGCUUGGGAACCCAAGUGCUGGCUGUAUCUGCCUGCGGCGCUCCCCCUGACCCGCCGCUCCCCGCGCCCCGCACCCACGCACCCCGGGGCAGGGGCGCUUGUGUUUGCGGCUGGAGGACGCUGCCCGGCAGCUCAUUAAAGCCCUGGCGCGCGGUUGCCUCACGAGGCCCAGGGGAAGCCCGGAGCGGACCUCCAGCGCCCGGGGAAGCCCCGAGAGCCGCCGAGGGAGCCCGCGCCCCGCGCGGACCGGUGCGCCCCCGCAGGAUAAGAGAGAGAAAUGCCCAGAGACAUCUGGAGACGGCCACUGAAACCAGAACCAGGAGAGAAGGACCAGCAGACGUCGUCGUGUGCCUUCCACAUGACCAGAGGAGCCCCAGAUGCCAGCAGCCUUUCCUCAGAGAAGGGCCAUCCAAGGAGGACCAGGCAGCCGCGGUUAUCCAGUGCGCCUUCCGGCAGCUCCUGGCCAGAAGGGAGCUCAAGCGCCGCUGGCAGGUGCACCAGGAGUACCUGGGGCAGACGGAGAAGCUGCAGCGGGAGCGCCAGGAGGAGGCGCAGCGGCGCCGGCGCCUGCUGGAGGCCGCGUUCGACGGCAACGUGGGUGAAAUCCAGGCGGUGCUGAAAGAGGAGGAGGAGCUGCUGGGCCGCGAGGGCGUGGGCCGCGACGAGGGCGGCCUGGCGCGGCGGCUGCAGAGGCGCGUGGCGCUGGUGGAGGGCGCCGACAGCCACGGGAACACGCCGCUGUCCGAGGCCGCGGCGGGCGGGCAGCCCCUGGCCAUCCAGCUGCUGGCUGAGCUGGGCGCCAGCCCCAACAGCAAGGGCGCCUUCGGGCGGACGCCGCUGUGCCGGGCAGCCUUCGGGGGCCACCUGGGGGCCGUGGAGGUGCUGCUGAAGCUGGGAGCGGACCCCCGCAUCUAUGACGACGAUGGGAACACCCCAGAGCAGGUGCGUGCCUCUCUGGACGCGGUGGUCAGUGUGCUGCAGUCCUGGGACCUGAGCCUCACCGAGGCCAUGCUGCAGAACAUGGAGGGUGAGCGGCAUCGCCGGGCCCAGGAAGCCCAGCAGCACAAAGAGGCUGAGGUCAAGAGCAUGAACCUCAGGGUGCAACAGCUGGAGAAGCAGCAGCAGCACUGUCACAAGGAGCUGCAGCAGGCCUACUGCGAGCUCAACAGGAGGAUCACAGAACAGGACAAGAGCGAGCGGGAGCACAUGGGCAACACGGAGCUCACCUUGCAGGCCAUCAGGGACGCAGAGGCCCAAGUGGACCGGCCGCGGCAGGAAGCCCAGAGAGCCGAGGAGACGCUGGCCAUGGCCCGGCUGGAGCUGCGGGAGCAGACCCCGGAGGAGGAGGAGGCGCCCGGGCUCAGGUGCCAGGUGACCGAGCUGCACGACGUGCUGAUGAAGGACGUGGCCGUCGGUGGUGACCUGGCAGCCGCCCCCAGCUGGCCUCUUGUCAUCGACCCUUCCGGCCAGGCGGCCACUUUCCUACGCUACCAGGACACCAACUACGUGGACACGGUGAACGCAGAGCACCUGCGGCCGGAGGAGCUGCGGCUGGCUCUGCUCGGGGCGCUCAGGUACGGGGAGCCGCUGGUGAUCGACCUGCGCGAGGUGGACACGUUCCCUGCGGUGCAGCAGCAGCUGGAAGCCGUGCAGCCGGGCCUGGCGCGGGAGCUGCUGGGCCGCGCGCUGCUGGACGGCGAGCGCUACCUGUCGCUGCGGCGCGCGGCCGACGGCCCCGAGUACGGCCCCGCGCGGUUCCAGGAGGCGCGCCUGGCGCACUUCGCCUGCUCUUCGUCACCCGGGCCCGGUGCGGCGGACAGACGGAGACGAACUAAAACGUAGUCAACUUUAUUCUCCUUCAACCGCAAAAUAGAGUCUUUGGUUGUACAAACGUCACUAGUUACAGUCUCGCCGGGAGCCCGGCUGGGGCAGCUAAGAGGAGCGGGGCUCCUGAGGGGUCUCUGUAAAA